AUAAUGGUAUUAUUUAUAGGCAAUAAAGGCUCGACGUGAAAUUUGAAAGGACCCAACGUUAGGAAAAUCGUAAUGUAGGACCACGCCCACCCACUUUGUUUAUAAUUUUCUUCUCUUCUUUGGGAUCUCUCUCGUGAAUAAGAAGCGCCACAAGGAGCGUUUUUGUUUAUUUUUCUAUCCUAACUUCAUAAAAUACUUACACUUCCUCACAUUAUUCAUCCUCUCGUUUCCUUUUUUUAUUCUUGUGUUCAUAUAAUUCGAACCAAAAAAAAAAGAAAAUUACCUUUUCUAUCUAUUUAAAUCCCAAACAAUUUCAUAUAACGUCAAAGAAAGUUUCUUAUUCAGAAAAAAAAAAAGCUAUGGAUUUUGAAUUUGAUGAUCAAGAACGGUUUUGUGCGACUCCUAAGCUUCCUCUGUUCUCAAAACCAUUGAGCAGAGCUUGUGAGACUCCUGGCCUAGCGACACCGCCUGUGAACAUCGCUGGAUCGGUCCCUUUUCUAUGGGAGGAAGCCCCGGGAAAGCCUCGCGUUUCUGAUGAGAACAAACCGCCGGCUUCCAAGCAGAACGCCGAAGGAGGAGGAGGAGUCGUGCGAUGCCUUGAGCUUCCGCCGAGGCUGUUUUUUCCAGCCGAGAAUGAGCCAUCUCCGACCACAGUUCUUGAUGGUCCUUACGUUAUACCUCGUCGGUCUCUAUCGGUGAUAAGGAGAAGCGACGGAGCCUCUGAGGGUAGAUUCGACUUUUCACGUUCCACUAACGGCCGCUGCUUCGACCGCGACGGCGGCGGCGGCAUAACGGUGAAGAUUAGUAGAGUUAAAAGAAAAGGAAGCCUCUUGAAUCUUUCUCAUUCAUCGCAAUUCUUGGCAAGGGUUUACCAAGGAUUUAAGCAAGCGAUUCCAUGGAGGCGGAGGCAAGAUAAUCUUCCACGGAUGAGUUCUUCCAAUAUUUAAAUCGAAUCUCUUCUAUUUCUUUCUAAUUCUCUAGCUUAUAGACUAAUAUUAUUAAUAUCCCUCUGUAUAUACCACAUAAUUUCCUUACAUGAGAAAAAGUUUAUUGUUAAAUUUUUACCAAA